CUUUUCACCACCCGUCAUCGUCGCCAUCAAACAUCCCUCAAGUGUCCUUCGUUGACUAGGUCUGUUGACUGCUUUGUUCGGAGACCUCGCAGUUGAGAUAGAACCGAUCCCCUUCCUGUCACUCCGUACACCCCCCAUUAUCGGCCUCUCAUCAUGGCUCUCGACAACUUUUACCACAACAAAAUUGAAGCUCUCAAGCUUGAGAUCCUUCAAGGCCAAGCCGUCCUGCGCCGGUUAGAAGCACAACGAAAUGACUAUAACUCAAGAGUGCGACUUCUACGAGAAGAGCUGGGCUUGCUACAACAACCCGGGUCUUACGUAGGCGAGGUCGUCAAGGUCAUGGGCACCAAGAAGGUACUGGUCAAGGUGCAUCCCGAAGGAAAAUACGUUGUCGAUAUCGCCGACAGCGUCGACAUCUCCAAAUUGACCGUCGGAAAGCGAGUCUCCCUUCUCUCCGACUCUUACAAACUCGAAAAGAUGCUCCCUUCAUCCGUCGAUCCUCUAGUUUCCUUGAUGAUGGUCGAAAAGGUUCCAGACAGCACUUAUGACAUGAUUGGUGGACUCGAUCAACAGAUCAAGGAGAUCAAGGAAGUCAUCGAGUUGGGUUUGAACCACCCGGAACUUUUCGAAUCUCUUGGGAUUGCUCAACCCAAAGGCGUCCUUCUCUACGGGCCGCCAGGAACAGGCAAGACACUCUUAGCACGAGCUGUGGCUCAUCAUGCCGACUGCAAAUUCAUCAGAGUGUCCGGAUCGGAACUGGUACAGAAAUACAUUGGUGAAGGGAGCAGGAUGGUGCGAGAACUUUUCGUCAUGGCCAGAGAACACGCACCCAGCAUCAUCUUCAUGGACGAAAUCGACAGUAUAGGCUCCAGCCGUGUGGAAGGGAGCAGCGGUGGAGACUCGGAGGUACAACGCACCAUGUUGGAACUGCUGAACCAGCUGGAUGGCUUCGAACCGACCAACAACAUCAAAGUCAUCAUGGCAACAAAUCGACUUGAUAUCUUGGACCCUGCGCUCCUCCGACCGGGUCGCAUCGAUCGCAAGAUCGAGUUUCCGCCGCCGACUGUCGAGGCCAGAGCCGAUAUCCUGCGGAUCCACUCCCGGAGCAUGAACUUGACCAGAGGAAUUGACCUGACGAAGAUUGCCGAGAAAAUGAACGGUUGCUCCGGCGCCGAACUCAAGGGCGUAUGUACAGAAGCAGGCAUGUUCGCGUUGCGGGAGAGGAGAGUCCACGUCACGCAAGAAGAUUUUGACCUGGCAACGGCCAAAGUCCUCAACAAGCAUGAUGACAAGGAGGUGUCACUGGGCAAGUUAUGGAAGUGAGUUCCAUGCUGUAUUCAUGUCGGGUCUCCUUUUUUCCCUCUGCAGAGCGUCCAGUGUAACAUUAGCGGGGCAAUCAGAAAGGAAAGGAUAGAGAUUUCCAGGCGGCCACAUAUAUCCGAGCAUGUUGGUUUGCCGGAUUCAAAACAUUUCUUGUCUAUGUUCUAUCGUCGUCGUCGUCGUCUUCUUCUUGGUCGCGUACCGCGUCCACUAUCUUUCCAGUUGGCCUUAUAUGCCAGAAGUCGCUGAACCGAGAUUGGGCCAUUAUUGAUCUAUUCGACUCUCGCUCACUCAGUGCUCGUACUCCAUCCGCCCCUUGAUGAAGCCCCAGAACUCCUGC